UCUUCAUGUCUAUCUCCAUCUUCUAUAUGAUCUACUAACCUCGCAAUCUCAAUCAUCGGCAAUUCAGUAAACUCCUCUCGGAAAAUCCUGUUUCCGACUCCAUACAUGGAAAGUAACAUGAUUAAUGGAGUGGCUUUAGCGGUUUUGGUCAUGAUACUUUCCGUUUUUAUCUUUGUUGCUGUCUUCAGAAGGUUUCAAGAUGCCCAUCCUCCGCUGCCACCGGGCCCAAGAGGCUUGCCUUUCCUAGGCUACCUCCCUUUCCUAGGGACUCACCUCCAUCAUGAGUUCACAAAGUUGGCAGAGACUUACGGUCCCAUCUACAAGCUCUGGCUCGGGAACAAGUUGUGCGUGGUCAUUAGCUCGCCCUUGCUGGCAAAAGAAAUCUGCCGAGAACAGGACGUAGUGUUUGCUAACCGUGACAUGACUGUUGCCGCAUCGACCCUAACAUAUGGUGGCAAAGACAUUGCGUUCGCUGAAUAUGGGCCCUACUGGAGGAAGAUGCGGAAGUUAUUCGUGCGGGAGAUGAUGAGCAACUCAACACUAGAUGCCUGUUACAGUCUGAGGAGACGGGAAUUGAGGAAAUGCGUUACGAGCUUUUAUGAGAAAGCAGGUUCACCCGUAGAUAUUGGGGAAUCGUCGCUUUUCCUUCUGAUCAACAUGAUAACGGCCAUGUUGUGGGGCAACACGCUGGAAGAGGAUAAAGGAAAGAGCCUUAGCUCGGAGCUUCGGAAGGUGUCGGGAGAGAUGAUGGUGAUUCUCGGAAAACCAAACAUUUCAGACUUCUUACCCACGCUCGAAAGGUUUGACAUCCAAGGAGUGAGGAGACAGGCCGAAAGGCUCACUAGUUGGUUUGAGAAUUUCCUAAAUUUUGUCAUCAGCCGCGCCAAUGAAGGAAUAGCCAAUAAGGGUGUCGAGAAAGAGAAGAAAAUGAGAAAUGAUGAGAAAAAGAAAGAUAUCGUGCACCUCUUCUUGGAUCUUCAGAGGGAGGGAAAAGUGAACGUUACGAUGUCGGCGUCCGAGAAUCAAGAGCUCAGGGCUUUUCUGACGGAUAUCGUGUUGGGAGGAACCGAUACAACAUCAACUAUGGUGGAAUGGGUGAUGGCUGAGCUUAUGCAGCAUCGAGACGUGCUGGAGAAAGCAGUGGGCGAAUUGACAGAAGAAGUUGGAUUGGACAACAUGGUCGAGGAGUUCCACUUGCCAAAGUUGAAGUACCUUGAUGCUGUCAUUAAGGAGACAUUCCGCUUGCACCCGGCUGUGCCCUUGCUACUGCCACGAUGCCCAAGCCAAUCAGUCGUUGUUGGAAGGUACACGAUUCCAAAAGGGACGAAGCUGUUUGUGAAUGCAUGGGCGAUCCACAGAGACCCUCAACUUUGGGAGUACCCUUUGGAGUUCAGACCGGAGAGGUUCCUGGGGGAUUCCGGGUUCGAUUUUUCUGGCAACAACUUCAUGUAUCUUCCUUUUGGUUCCGGUAGGAGGAUAUGCCCGGGGCUUCCAUUAGCUGAGAAGAUGCUCAAGUACAUAUUGGCUUCUUUGCUGCACUCCUUUGAGUGGGAGUUACCAGAUGGUGCGGAGCUCGAGUUUUCGGACAAGUUUGGCCUUGUCUGCAGGAAAAUGAACCCAUUGGUAGCCAUCCCCAGGCCGAGGCUGUUUAGUACAGAGCUGUAUAUGUGAAGCUUGCCACCUUCUACUACUGACAGUAGUUCUGAUGGCACGAGAUUGUAACUGCGAGGUGCAGCCAUAAAUAAACGCUCGAGAAUAAGUCCAUACCAUCAGAAAUAAAUGCUCGAGAAUAAGACUAUAAGGACCAUACCAUUAGAAAUGAUCGAACUACGGCCAUGUUUCUGGUUUUCGAUGUUUUCAUGUCUUCCAUAAUGAGUUUAUUAUGAAUGAAAGGUUCAUCUUGAUGUA